CUUGUAUCUCAUAUACUCUUUAGCACAUUUUGGUGUACACACUGAAAGGGAAAAUACAUGCACAGCGAGUAUUUAAUAUACAUGUCGUUUUUGUUCUGAAACGGUCUUGAACGGAGCAAGACGUGUUUCAAGAAGACAUAGAAAUACGUUGUCCGUGCUGAGUUUUAACAGAGUUACUCGGGUGUGUCUGUCAUCUGGACAAAAGUGACAUUUACCAACAUAAGCUAGGAGUAUAUACUUCCGAUCACCGGACAUAUAAUCCGUCGUAAUGGGGUGCGCUUCACCCUGCGCAGCAGGUGCACGGGAGCAGACUGCUGGCGUAAUCACAGAGAAACAUGACAUAGAAACCGUCGUAACAGAUGGUAGUGACACUAUUGCUUCAUCCAACAUGGCAGGUGCGCGGGAACUGACUGCGCAUGCACUAAGAUACAAACAGGACCUAGAAACGGUCGUCAUGGAAGCUAGUGCCACUUUCGCUUCAGCCACCGAGGCAGGUGCGCGGGAACUGACUGCGCAUACACUGAGAGGCAAACAUGACAUAGAAACGGUCGUCAUGGACGCUAGUGACACUAUCGCUUCAGCCACAGAAGCAGGUGCGCGCGAACUGACUGCGCAUACAAUGAGAGGAAAGCAGGACUUAGAAACGGUCGUCAUGGACGCCAGUGACACUAUCGCUUCAGCCACAGAAGCAGGUGCACGGGAACAGCAUGGCAAAGCAAACGCAUUCGCACUUCGAUUUUUAUGCCCCUCCAUUUAAAAAUGUGUCUCAUCAUUAUCGUCCUUUUUCAUUUCACUUUGAUAUGUUUUACACCAACAAUACAAGUUUUGAUUUAUUUGCUCUUUACGACGUUAUUGAGUAUUAUGCAGUAUAUAGAGUAACAACUCUUAUAUAUAACAGAUCAAAUGCAUUAUGUGUGUUAUUCCGGAGAGAAACGUGUUGUUUUCAUGCAAAUCAAUUAAUCCGUUAUCAAUACCAACGAGGCGUUUAAACUGUUUAUAGCAGAACCCAGAAUCGUCUUGAACUUUCGUAGUUUUUACCUACCCUAUCGGGUAGUGCUGCAACAAUAUACCGGUAUAUCGGUAUAUAUUGCAAUACGCAAUCCGCAUAUUGUAUUGCGAUAUGAUUUUCUUCAUACCGGUACGAAAAUUCUACAAAAAUUCAUCCAUAUUUCGUCCAAAAAAUACUAUAAUGAAAAGAAAUAAUGAUAUCAAGGUAAACAAAACAAAUCGGUGUUUAGUAAAAAUAUUAUUUUACGUAAAAAAAGCAUACUAAAAAGUCUAUUAUACGGAGUAGCGUUGUUACAUGGGAGUCCCCAAGAUCUGCUCUUGCAUGUCAUACUGUUAAAUUUAAGAUGAAGCUUAUGGAAAUACGAUAAAAUAACAACAAUUAAUUAUAUAAUAAAAAUCUAAAUUGAUGUUUCUAUAAACAGAAGUAAUAAUGAUUAAAAAAUUACUAAACAGCAUUCUGAUAAGUUACACGACCGGCUUUUACACAUCCACAAUUCUCUUUCGGGUUAUUAUUCUUCUUGUCGGCUUUUAUAAUAGUUCACAAAAUGGCAGACGAAACGAACGCCAAGUUUGACUUUAUAGACAAUUCUAAGGGAAAAAGUGUUGUUUGGGCAUAUUUUAGUCUUAAAAGGAAGAGAGAAACGAAUGAGAUCGAGGAAGGGGUAGGAUAUUGUAAGCGGUGUAAGGAUGUUGUCAAAUGUAGUGGCGGAACAUCCAAUUUGUUCUCGCACUUAGAGCAGCACCACAAAAUUUUCCUGAUUUAUUGUAUACACUGUACAGUAUACAGUACACAAUUGCACAACAUAUUUAAUGUUUAACGGGAAUAUCCAAUGAACAAAAUGAAAAUACUAAUCUUUCAUAACAAAUGCUAUGUAAAGCCAAAAAAAAGAGUAAAUUGUGUUUAUAAAGCAUUUUGUAAAAAAGGCUCGAUUUGCCAAUAGGAUAUAACUUGAACUUAAACAUACAAUACAAAGGUUAUGUUCAUGUUAUUAAGUUGGUUUGGGUGAUUAGCUGGCGAGUUAUAAUUCUGGAUCAAGUUAGCAAUAUAUUGCAAUAUAUUGCAAUACGGGUUUUUGCACUGACAAUAUAUUACAAUACUGUUUUUGGCGUAUUGUUGCAGCACUACUAUCGUGUAAGGUAUACAUGAUGCAGGAUCAACGGGGUUAACACCUGGGCUGGACAGAAUGUAAACACACCGUUAAGAACUUUAUUUUUAAAAAAUAUUUAGAGUUAUUGAAAUACAGUUGCAAAAGUCUUCAGCGCAUAAAGGACAGUUUUCCUUGCAGUUUGUGCUGAUAUCGUAACAUGUAAUUAUAAAUCAUUGAAUCAGUCGGAAAUCGAUUCCGCAAUUUCACGUUGCGUUCAGCAAAACCAUGCACAUGAUUGCGUGACACAUCGACUUUUUGGCCAACAACACAUGCUUAUAAAUAAAGUAAUUCAUAUGUAAUUCGUAUUGCCAUUAGGAGCAUAAAAACUGUAUUUUAUGCACUAGUUGAACUUUUUAAGAAAAAUAGUUUCAAAAAGGUAUUUGAAGAAAAGCACCACAUACUGGUGUGUUUGCAUUUAUUACGUUCAAUUGUGAACCCCACAUAGUCACUUGAUCCUUCAGCCUGGUAUACAAUGCUUUACCAUAAUAAAGUCGUGUGUAAUGGUGGCAUGGAUUUGAUAAUAGCCAGCUUGGAAUCAUUCAAAGCUCUGUAUUGAUUUUGGGGAAACAUCUUUUUUUUAGAGAUUUAUUGUAGUCUGGUUGUUAACUGCUGAACAAUGUAUUGUAACAAAAUACCAAAAGUGUAACUUUUUAUUGCUUGCUAAAGUGAAAUAAAUGUAAUGGUGCUAACUGAAAAUCCUACAUUAAUAAAACAUGUAUAUUUAAGCACCCAUAAGUACCGCUUAUGAAUUGUUUUACAGUUGAACCUUAAUUGUUAAUGCCGGAUGUACACGCACUUUAUUCGUCAUUUAAUGUCAGUCGGUUUUAUCAGCCUGCAUAUCAUAUACUCUUUAGCGCAUUUUGGUGUACACACUGACAGGGAAAAUACAGUUGCAGUGGGAAUUUAAUAAACAUAUCGUUUUUGUUCUGAAACGGUCUUGAACGGAGCAAGACGUAUUUCAAGAAGACCUAGAAAAACAUUGUCCAUGCUGAAUUUGAACAGCGUUACUUGGGCGUGUCUUUCAUCCGGACAGAAGUGAUAUUUACCAACAUAAGCUAGGAGUAUAUACUUCCGAUCAACUGUUGGUGAUCGCAAAGUUACUCAGGGAAAUUUUAGUGAAUUUCUUUGCUUUUGGUCUGAUGGUGUAAAGGAUACUUGUUGCAUUCACGGACAUAUAAUCCGUCGUAAUGGGGUGCGCUUCACCCUGCGCAGCAGGUGCACGGGAGCAGACUGCUGGCGUAAUCACAGAGAAACAUGACAUAGAAACCGUCGUAACAGAUGGUAGUGACACUAUUGCUACAGCCAACAUGGCAGGUGCGCGGGAACUGACUGCGCAUGCACUAAGAUACAAACAGGACCUAGAAACGGUCGUCAUGGAAGCUAGUGCCACUUUCGCUUCAGCCACCGAGGCAGGUGCGCGGGAACUGACUGCGCAUACACUGAGAGGCAAAAAGGUCAUAGAAACGGUCGUCAUGGACGCUAGUGACACUAUCGCUUCAGCCACAGAAGCAGGUGCACGGGAACUGACUUCAUUUACAAUGAGAGGAAAGCAAGACUUAGAAACGGUCGUCAUGAACGCUUUUGACACUAUCGCUUCAGCCACAGAAGCAGGUGCGCGGGAACUGACUGAACAUACAAUGAGAGGAAAGCAAGACUUAGAAACGGUCGUCAUGGACGCUGGUGACACUAUCGCUUCAGCCACAGAAGCAGGUGCACGGGAACUGACUACACACACGACCAGAGGGAAACAGGAUAUAGAAGCCACUAUUGAUAAGGGCAAGGAGGAUAUACGAAAAGAAGUGAUAAGACACAUCACAGGCAUUCAGCCACAGAGACAUGACGAGGAAUAUUUGUUGCAUUGUUACGACGACUUAAAGAGGAGAUUAAUAGAGCACGUCUUGCAGAACAACCACAGCAUGCCACCUCUGAUGCCCAACAGGGACGCUCGUUUUGGUUAAGUUCUACGUGCCAUCGAAAAUUGUUCGUGUAAGCUAUGAUCUUGAUAAAGCAAAAGACAUUGGAGAACAAAUUACUACGUACCAGGAAUUGUUCAAUGAUUUAACAAAUCAAUCCGCAAGUCUCUAUCUGCAAGGUGAACCUGGUUCAGGGAAAAGUACGUUUGUACUGAAACUUAUUAUUGACUGGUGUGUGGCACAGGGUGGUGAAAUGAAAAAUGUAUCGGGUAGAUACCGAUAAUUCAGAUGCUAUUAACAGAUUUCUGGUGGCUUCCCAUAACAUCCCCCUGUAUAAAUCACUACCAAUCGUUCAGAUUGCCCUGAUUUGUAUUUGGUACGAGAGAAAAGAAUUACAAGGUUCAUUAUGUAACAUUUACGCACAAAUGCUAAAAAUGAUUUGCAAAAACCUGUCUAAUCCAAAAGAAUAUAUGCAAGAUCGUUCAAAAUCAGUGGUUGACUUUCCAUGUUUUCUUAAAUGUCGGAACAUUAAAACAUUUGAAGAAACUAUUUAUUCUCUCUCCAAGUUAGCAUUUAUGCAAUCGUUUGCCUAUUCAAGAGAAAAUUCAGUAGUUUUUGACAUCGACGCUGUUGAAAAGUGCUUAUCUGAUUCACAAGAAAAGCUUGCACUAGAGUGGGGAAUUCUUACUGAGGAGAAAAUCGAAUCCCUUACACAACUGCUGUGUAAUUUUUCAUUUUGGCACAAAACCAUACAAGAAUUCCUUGCAUGUCUGUAUGCAGCGAAACACGACGAUUGUUUGCAUGUGAUUCUUGGGUUUAUCAGUGAUCAAACACAAGACGCGUUCGAGAUUCAUCAGAUAUUUUUAUUCUUGUGUGGUCUCAAACCAGCCAUUGCAGAAUCAAUAUCAGAAACGGUUGCAGCCAGGAUACCAACACACUCAACGCUAAAUUCGCCAUUCACUUCAUACGAAUAUACGGUUUCUAAGCCAAACGACCACUUUAUUCAAACAGUUCAAAACAUGAUAAUCAAGGGGUGUAAGGAAGCGCGUGCAAACAAGUUAAAGAACGGGAAGUUCGUGUUAGAGCACUACACUUUUUAUGACUGGUCACUUAAGGACUCAAGCGAUGCUGCAAUUUUACGGGAGAUCUUUUUACUGAACAGGAACAGCAUAAGAACACUUGUCAUUCAAAACAAUCCCGAGAUUCCAAGCUCAGAAGAAAUACAAAAGGCGUUGACUAAAUCGGGUGAAACAAUGCGUUCAUUAGACUUGUGUCACAUCGAUGGUCACUUUGAUCUGUCUUCAUGUCGCAAUCUUGAGUAUUUGGGAAUUAGAGGACCGUGUACAUUAGCUUUACCUGAUGCCUUCAAAAGGAUAAAGACCCUGAGUCUUGGUACGCCGUUCGAUAUAGAAUUGUUACGGAGAGUGACGAAUGAUUCCUUGCCAAAUAUAGAAAUUUUUGAGAUUUCAAAUAUUGCAGCCUUUUCAGAUAGCAUUCUUAACCUGAAGAAUUUAUCCUAUAUUGCUGUCAGAAAAUCUAAUUUUGAAAACGUGUGUCUCCUUCUGCCGCUGUCAAUCCGCAGUAUUGACUUGUUCACUGUAGAAUUGAAAGCGGCGACGGCGUCUUCAAUGGUAAAUCACAUGACAAAAGUCCAACAUAAAGUUACAUUAUCCUUACAAAAUUGUGUUAUAUCAGAUCCAGAUAUACUGGAAGCUUGCAAACGGGCCGUUAGAAGCUCACCGCGUUACAAUGUACUUAAAGAUGAUGCAGCAACGUUUUUAUUAGAAACAACCGUUGCUUUAAAAUCCGAUAGUCUUUUAUGAUAUUGUUAAAUGUAAUAGUUAUACGUGUUUUGAUUACAUGUCUCUUGGUUAAUGGAUUCAUUGUGAUUAUUCCAUACAUAGAUCUUUAAAACAACAAAUGGAAUAUGAAUAGUGCGAUUAUUAGAUAUAAAAUAUCAGAUUUAAGAAUACCAUUUACUGUUGCCUUAAACUGUUUUAGAUGUUAAAGGAACCUGUUCACGUUUUGGUAAA